AUGGCAGAGGCGGCCCGACAAGAACUGGAGAACCAGCUGCGGCAGACGAUCGAGACCCUCGUGGAAAUCUCGCUGCUGGUACACGACACCACCGGCUCUCAGGAGAACAAGGAGGGGCUCAUUGAGCAGAUGGACACUCUGGUCAAGGAGUUUCAGCGACUCAAGGAAAUCAAGUGCGACAAACAGAUCCCCAUCGACGUGAUCGACUACAUUGACCAGGGCCGAAACCCGGACGUGUACACCAGAGAGUUUGUCGAGCUGCUGCUGAAACAAAACCAGUUCAUCCAUGGAAAGAUGGACAUCUACACAGUGAGUAAGGGAGUAAGGGAGAGCACGAGUGAUGAUAUUCCACUUGAUAUUUCAUGUGGUGCACAUUCUAACACAGAAAUUUCAACAAACCCUGGCCAAAAACGUCAAGGAAACGUAUCCUGA